UUUCUUGAGUUUUUUUUUGCAUUUAUUUCCGAUUUUAAAUUAACUUUAAUUUUUCUUAUUUAAAUUUUUUUUUAUUCAUUAAUUAAAAAGACAAUUGACACCUUUUAGCUUUUCACAUACAUCUUUUUAGACACGGAUGAACAAUACCAAUCACAUGUUUGCUUGAUAAAGAAAUAAGUUAGUUUCAAAGUUUAAUGUGCUAAUAUAAUUGGUUUUAAAGUAUAAGUUUUUAAACACUAAAGUUCAAAGUGCUAUAUUUUUACACUUUUUUAGUUUAAAAUGAGAUUUUCCCAUUGAUGUUAUUGUUGUGACUAAAGUGCCAGUGAGGUGGAAUAAAAAAAAAAUUCGUUGAAGGUCUAAUGUAUUUUAUGUAGCACAUGAUAUAAGUCGUCGAUUGGACCACUUACCUUGACUUUGUAAUAACUUAUUUGUUCAUAAAAGACUAGGAAAUAUUGUGGCAACAAAAGAAUGAUAAGAAAUGACAGUUGUGACUUGUAAAAUGGUUAAAUAAAUCUGAAGUCCCAUGCUUAGCGAAGGCAAAAGAUACUCUAGCUUCUUUAAUAAAUCAUCCUCUAGCAAUAUCUAACCAGGUCAAAACCGACCUGGCGGUCAAAUUCUAUUUCAUUUUAUAUCAUUAUUUCCGAUUAUAACGGUUUAAAAUUAACAGUUUAACAAAGAAUCUUCAUUGCUAAAAUUUCUAAACUAGAUUUCUAAAUUCAUCAAUAUAUUUUGAGAAAUUUCUUAGGAUAAUUUUUCUUUCCGAAAGAGUCUCCAACAAAAAAAAGAUGACCAAAAAAGUUUUAUUAAAAGAUAAAUAUGUAUAUAUAUUUUUAGGGUUAACUAACAUAUACUUACCGUUUAGAGUUAUGAGUGGAGUUUUGAAAGUGAAAUUUAAAAAUAAAAAAAAAUAAAAAAUAAAAGCUGAAAAUUUCAAAUAAAAAUUUUAAAAAUAAUUUCAAAAAAUAUUUUCAAAUUUCAAAAAGAAAAUUUGAAGAAAAAAAUUGAAAAAAGAUUUAAAAAAUUAUUAAAAAUUUCGGAUUUGAAAUAUGUAAUUCCAAACUAUAAUUUUUAUUAUUAUUUAUUAUAUUUAUAUGUCUAUAAAGCAAGGGAUAGAAAAUUCUUUUGGUCUUCUUCUUGAAUGCUCUUUUAAUGACAAACACCUAAAAAUGAGUUAUUUGAGAUAAUUGUCCAAUUAUAUUUUAAUAAAAUUAAAUUAUUUAGUUUCUUUUUAAGAUUUCAAUUUUUUUUGUUCUUUUUAUUAUUAAUAUCCUUAGUAUUGGGCAUCCAUGGAAAUUAUUCUAAAAUUUUCCUGACUAAAAGCAAAUAAAAGGAAACAGACUGUGUUUCAAAAAAAAAGAAGGAAACAGACUAAAACGCAACUUGAGAAAACAAUGGUUUAUAAAAGAAAACAGGUUAUCUAUUAUAUAAGUUAGUUAAUAUUUUAAACCAUGUUGAUUUGUAAAUUGGAGAAAACAAACAAUGUUGAAAGGGAAACUACAAAAUAAAAAUAACGUAGUUGGAUCAUGAAGUAACUGUUUAAACACAUUCCUGAGAAUCUUGGAAUAAACUUUAACAAAAAAGAAAACUGUUUAAACAGAUUCCUGAGAAAUUGCAACACCAGGUUUUCGAGUAAUUGACGCUUACGAAAGGACAAGUUUUCAGCAAUGUGUUAGCUUGAACACGUUGUUCAGUAAUUACAGCUAGAUUUUGUCAUCAGGUUUGUGUUUUCUUGUAGAUGGAAGCUUAUUUAUACAUCAUCCAUUACAAAAAGCAAGCGAAAUGUUUUAUUAUGAAUAUCCUUCGCCGACCAGUUUGUCUUACAAGUCAGAAGACGCUAAUUGCAAUUUUCUUUUUAUUUUUUAAGAAUUUUAAAUUUAUUCACUUCAAAAAUACAAGAUAUGAUGAUUAAUAGAUUACUGCUAUGAUCCAAUAUUCAUUACUAUAUGAAGGUUUGUGGUCUGCAAUUUUGAAUACUCUCCAAAUUUCGUUUAUUAUCAUUGUGAAGUUUGUAAUGGUAACUAUCUAGAACAUGCACGUAUAUGGUCGCUUAUGAUAUUAUAAAAGCACGUUCAUCAUAUCUGGAAGGGAUAACCAAAAUAGGAUUUCUUAGCCGAGAAAAAAAGAAGCAGAAAAGAGUCAAAGACUAACCAUAGUUCGAACGUGAAAGAACAUCGUUUCAUGUGAAUCCACGUUUGUCAUACACGCGCUUCCUUGUAUUGUAGUGUACAUCAAAGUCAGAACGUUAUAAUAAUUUUAUACAACGAAAAAAACGGUUAGCCCACGUGGACGUGCCACCCUAGUGAAACCUUAUAUAUCCCUCACUGAUCGACCACUAAUCCAUAUCUCUUAAAUUCAUUACAUUUAUUUUUCCUCAUUCAAUUUCUUUUUCUUAUAAACAAAUAAGAUCAACUACUUUGAUCUUGUAAUCAAGAAAACAACAACAACAAAAAAUCAAAGGGUUUUUGUGGUGGAAGAUUUUUUUUCGUUUUUAUAAAAAUGAGGCAGUGUAUGAAAUUUUUCCCACUAUUGGCCCUCUUAGUCGUAAGCUUAACCGGAACGGCUACGGUAAAGGCUGCGACGGGAUUGAACCCUCCGGUGAAGCUGGUUUGGCAUUAUUACAAAGUUACCAACACUUGUGAUGAUGCAGAGGCUUAUAUUAGACACCAAGUCGAAAAGUUUUAUAAGAAUGACACAAGCAUUGCUCCCAAGCUUCUUCGUCUUCUUUACUCGGAUUGUAUGGUUAAUGGAUGUGAUGCUUCGGUACUUUUACAAGGACCAAACUCAGAGAGGACAGCUCCACAAAAUCGAGGACUUGGAGGUUUUGUGAUAAUCGAUAAAAUAAAACAAGUUCUUGAAUCACGUUGUCCUGGUGUUGUUUCUUGCGCUGAUAUACUCAAUCUUGCCACUAGAGAUGCUGUUCACAUGGCCGGAGCACCAUCUUAUCCUGUGUUCACGGGGAGAAGGGACGGUGGGGCACUAACUGCAGACGCUGUGGAUCUACCGUCACCGUCUAUCUCAGUCGAGGAGUCACUGUCAUACUUCAAUUCCAAAGGUCUUGACGUUUUGGACAUGACUACUCUUCUAGGAGCACAUUCGAUGGGGAAGACACAUUGCAGCCACAUAGUGAACAGGUUAUACAACUUCAAGAACACUGGAAAACCAGACCCGACCAUGAACACAACAUUGGUGUCACAACUUCAAUACCUUUGUCCUCCAAGAACACAAAAGGGCCAAACCGAUCCACUCGUUUACCUAAAUCCAGACUCAGGCUCGAGCAACAGAUUCAGCAGCUCAUACUACUCUCGUGUCCUGUCUCAUAACGCUGUCUUGGGCGUGGACCAACAGUUGCUCUACAACGAGGACUCGAAGGAGAUCACUCAAGAGUUCGCUGCAGGUUUUGAAGAUUUCAGAAAAUCUUUUGCUUUGGCAAUGUCGAGGAUGGGAUCUAUCAAUGUGUUGACCGGCAAAGCUGGAGAGAUUCGCCGAGAUUGCAGAGUUACCAACGCCAACUACGGUGCUUAAUUUAUAUAAAUAUGAUAUCUUAUUUUAUGUGUGUAUGUGAUUGUUGUACUGUAACCUAAAUAUUUAUGUUGUUUUGAUAAAAGCUUUAAUCAAUAAGGACGAUAUGGAGAACAAAUAACAGAGAUCCAGUUAUUUAAUUGAUCUAUUGUAAUAGUUAUAGAACUAAACUUCUAUGAAAGAAAGAAAUAUUUUAUUUUCUCUACCCAAAAUGGUGUUAAUAUAUGAACUACAAUUUGAUUAUUUUUGUUAUGAAUGUACAGACACUAAUCUAUAGUUGUACUAAUAUGACAGCGUUCUUGUUUUCUAAGUCUAUUUCUUUUUGUCACAGAAAUCUAUACUAUUAAAGCAGGAUCCUAUAUAUUGUCAUAAUUACCUUAGCAUACCCUUUCUUUUACUAACAGUACAUGUUUUAUUAAGGACAAUCAAAUAAUAUUAAUAACACAUCUAUAUUGGGUCAUUAUUUUUGGAUCCAUCCCACAUCAAAUCUCUCUUGGGCCAUUUGGGCCUAUUAAAAAAUCAGAUUCAAUUUUCACCUUUUUUUUUUCC